CGCCGCCGCCCCUCUGCCUCCCGGGCGUGCGUCUCCUCCCGGUUCCAAGAUGGCUGCGGCGGCGGCGGGCGGCGCGGGGGCCGCGGCGGCGCUGUGGAGCGAGGUGAACCGCUGCGGGCAGAACGGCGACUUCGCCCGCGCGCUCAAGUCCGUUAACAAGAUACUGCAGAUCAGCAAAGAUGAUGUGACUGCACUUCAGUGUAAAGUAGUGUGUCUGAUCCAGAAUGGGAGCUUCAAGGAAGCCCUCAGUGUAAUCAACACCCACACUAAAGUGUUAACCAGUGAUGUUAUUGCCUUUGAGAAGGCCUACUGUGAAUACAGGUUGAAUCGUAUUGAAAAUGCUCUCAAGACCAUUCAGAGUGCCAGUCAGCAGACAGACAAACUGAAGGAGCUUUAUGGACAAGUGUUGUACAGGCUGGAGCGUUAUGAUGAUUGUUUGGCUGCAUACAGGGAUCUCAUCCGCAAUUCCCAGGAUGAGUAUGAGGAAGAGAGAAAAACCAACCUCUCUGCUGUUGUGGCAGCACAAAGCACGUGGGAGAAGGUGAUGCCAGAGGAUUUGGGCCUUCGAGAAGCUACCUAUGAACUGUGUUAUAACAGUGCGUGCGCAUUGAUUGGGCAAGGAAAGUUGAAUGAAGCCAUGAAAAAACUACAAAAAGCAGAAGAGCUGUGCCGCCAGUCGCUGUCAGAAGACUCUGAUGUGACAGAGGAAGAUAUUGAGGCUGAACUGGCCAUUAUUCAUGGUCAGAUGGCAUAUAUCAUGCAACUGCAAGGUCGUACAGAGGAUGCUCUGCAGCUCUACAAUCAAAUAAUCAAGCUGAAACCAACAGAUGUAGGACUACUUGCUGUCAUUGCAAAUAACAUCAUCACAAUUAACAAGGACCAAAACGUCUUUGACUCAAAGAAAAAGGUGAAGCUGACCAAUGCAGAAGGUGUUGAACAUAAACUCUCAAAGAAACAGCUCCAAGCAAUUGAAUUCAACAAAGCUUUGCUGGCAAUGUACACUAACCAGGCAGAUCAGUGCCGUAAGCUGUCAGCGAGUCUGCAGUCGCAGAGCCCAGAGCACCUGCUCCCUGUGCUCAUCCAGGCAGCACAGCUGUGUCGUGAGAAGCAGCAUGCAAAGGCUGUAGGGCUUCUUCAGGACUUUGCAGACCAGCAUCCUGCCAACGCAGCUGAGAUCAAGCUGACAAUGGCCCAGCUCAAAAUUGCUCAAGGCAGUGUCACCAAAGCCUGCAUGAUUUUGAGGAGCAUAGAAGAACUACAGCACAAGCCUGGUAUGGUGUCUGCAUUGGUGACAAUGUACAGUCAUGAAGAGGACAUUGACAGUGCAAUUGAGGUGUUCACACAGGCUAUCCAGUGGUAUCAGCAAUUCCAGCCAAAGUCUCCUGUCCACUUAUCACUGAUAAGAGAAGCUGCCAACUUCAAACUAAAGCAUGGCAGGAAAAAGGAGGCAAUCAGCGACUUGGAGGAGCUCUGGAAGCAAAACCCAAAAGAUGUGCAUACUCUGGCACAGCUCAUCUCUGCCUACUCUCUGGUGGACCCUGAAAAAGCUAAAGUUCUUAGCAAACACUUGCCUUCCUCUGACACCAUGUCACUGAAAGUAGAUGUUGAUGCGCUGGAGAACUCCCAUGGAGCAACUUAUGUUCGGAAGAAAGCUGGAAAGCUCACUGGAGACAACCAGCAGAAGGAGCAAGGGCAAGGGGAAGUGAAGAAGAAGAAGAAAAAAAAGAAGGGAAAGCUGCCUAAGAACUAUGACCCCAAAGUGACUCCUGACCCUGAGCGGUGGCUUCCAAUGCGAGAGCGUUCCUACUACCGUGGACGGAAGAAGGGCAAGAAGAAGGAUCAGGUUGGCAAGGGCACUCAGGGUUCAACCACGGCUGGCUCCUCUGAACUGGAUGCCAGUAGGACUGCCAGUAGCCCACCUACCUCCCCUCGGCCUGGCAGCGCUGCAGCUGUGUCAGCCACGAGUAACGUAAUCCCUCCAAGGCACCAAAAACCUGCUGGUGCCCCAGCCACCAAGAAGAAACAGCAGCAGAAAAAGAAGAAAGGGGCGAAAGGAGGGUGGUAAAAAGCAGGAUAUGUGAUGCAGUUGCAGAAUAAAGGUCAAAAGCAAGUGCUGGCAAAAGACUUUUGGCAUCCAGAUCUCUCUUCUGCCUGUCAGUGGUCUGAGGGUAGAAGGUAUCAUGUAGGCACCAUGAUGUGUCUGCUUACCAAGUUACCCUCACUGUCCUCAUGUUUGCCCCCACUGUGACUUAAGGUAUUGCCAUCAAACCCAAAUGCAGCUGUUAAUAAACUUGUCCACGUUGCCAAACAUUUAAAA